AUGCCUACCAGGAAGAAAGUGCUGGAACAUGACCCUGGUGAUGUCGAAGCAUUCUACGCAAUCAUUUGCUUCUCCCGUUCUCUGAAUAUUGUGAGGGGUGAUCGAAUCAAGCCGACGUUUUCUGCUGAAAGUGAUGGUGUUGACCUCGCAAAAUGCCGGCGAGAUUUUGCGGACGCGAUCGCAUACUUUUGCGCAUACAAGGGCGACCCUGAUUGUGUCAUUGCUGUGGCUUUAGGUCAAAGGGGAACCAAAGUCAUCCUUUGGGUUGCAAGCAACGCAAAAGUCCCCAGGAAGGUGGUUGAUUUUCUGGAAAGUGAUGUGCUCAACGCUGUGCAAGGACUGGCAUAUGCAUCUACGCAGGAACAGUUGCCUCCGAGCGAAACAGAGAGGGUUACUGAUCUUCUGAAUAAGGUGCUGCAGUUUACAAGCGAGAAAAUUUUCAAGUACUAUAAACGCGCCCUUAUGACAUGGAGGGGUGUUUACGGAUCCGGGAUAACCGAAGGAACCCCGAAUCAGGAUCUUGCUAUAUUUCACGAAUGGUUUAAAAGGACAUUUCAGAAAGACGGCGACUCGCUAGUGAAAUGUGACAUGCCUGAGCUCUCAACUCUUUGUUAUCAGCAACGAAAGAACAAGGCAUUUGAUAUCCUCAAGCACUUUUCGAGCCAAGGUAAUGAACAUAGCCUUGAUUAUGAGCGACUAUACAAGUUGCUCUACAAGUUGGGCAAGCAUAUUAUGCUAUUCGAGAAAAUGAUAUGUGCCACCUUCUCUUUACGCCAAGUCUUUCAGGGAGGCUUUAUGGUGGAACCGAUUCCAGCAUCUACUCCGAAGCCCAUGCCUCUUCCAAAGCUAACUGACCGGGCCCUGAAUAAUAUCGUGACGCGCAUUUUCCCCGGAGACGAUGAGAGAAAUCAGUUUUACCAUCACCUUGACCAAUUCUAUAACCUGAAUAUGGAGAAAAUAAAGCAGUCGCUGCAGCUGUGGGAGAAGACCCAAGUCCGAGUCCACGCAGAGAUUCUAUUGAUCGAUUACCUGGACAAGACUGGCGGGAAAUUCCUUGAUAACAAUGAUAAAUACGUUGGCUGUAGCAAGCCGGCAUGCUACCUUUGCUAUCAAUAUAUUUGCCAACACCCGGGUAAAUAUACACACCCCCCGGCCCACCAAAAGGUUUACCAUGCGUGGGCUCUUCCAAUUGUACAAGCCGAUGAUCGCACUUGCUCUGAGAAGUAUGCUCGACAUAAUCGUUUUCUCCGUCAGAUUGCAGAGGACCUUCGAUCCGAACUUCGACACGAGGGGCUCGACGACUCGAUCCUCGCUUUGAUCCGAGAAAUAAGCGAAGAAAAAAGUUCUAGCUACGAAGCCAACUCUGAUGACGGUGGUGUUAUGCUCUAG